AUGGGUAUCUUAAUUCUUAAAUCUUAUUGUUGUUUGGUUGAUGCGGGAGAAAAGAAAGAAAUUGCAUUCAGGAGGUCGUUCAAUCAGCUGUUUGAAACAAGCAAUAUGGAUAACAUGAAAAUCCUCAAAAUCUUGAUUAGUCCAAGGGAUGAUAUACAACCACUCUUCGAUGGCAAUAAAAAGAUGAAGGUUAGUCUGGAAGUCCUAAGGAGGAGGAGCGUGUUGUUGUUGAUAUUAGGGCUAGACAUGUCUCGUGAGGAGUUUUCAAUUCUUGAAGAAAUUUACAACGAGUCCCGCAUUCACAGAUCAAGGACAAAUGCUCUUUAUGAAGUCGUGUGGAUUCCCAUUGUGGACCCCUCUAUAAACUACACCAAAGAGAUGGACAGGAAAUUCGAGGAGAUGAAGGAGAAAAUUCCAUGGUAUUCUUUAUCCCACCCUUCGAUAAUAGACAAGGUUGUUAUCAAGUGCAUAGGAGACAGGUGGCAUUUUAGAAAAAGGCCUAUAUUAGUGGUGUUGGACCCACAGGGAAUGGAGUUGAGCCCUAUUGCAAUCCACAUGAUGUGGAUUUGGGGCAGAAAUGCCUUCCCUUUCACCAGCAUGAAAGAGGAAUUGUUAUGGAGGAAUGAAACUUGGAGGCUAGAGUUGCUCGUUUGUCGCAUGGACUCCACAAUUAAAAAUUGGAUAAGAGAAGACAAAUACAUAUUCUUGUUUGAGGAGAUGAUAUCGAGUGGAUACGCAAAUUCACAAACACAACUGUGGUAA